AUGGUGGCAAUCGACGUCCUUAAGUUCGAGACAAACUCCCCAGCGGACACCUCGCCCCUCGAAGGUCUCAAUGCCGCAGGAUACGAAGCCUCACGAAUACUCGCAGUCAUAGGCAAGACCGAAGGCAACGGCUGCGUAAACGACUUCAGCCGCACUCUAGCCCAAACCGUCUGGCAACCACUAAUCCCCAAGGACGCCAUCACCAUCUUCUCCGGUGGCACAGAAGGCGUGCUGAGUCCUCAUGUCACCUUCAUCGUCCGCUGCAAGGACGACGACGACGAUGCAUCUGGCCUGGUAGGCGCAGUCGGCCACACCCGUGAUCUGGAUCCUCACGAGGUCGGGGGGCAUAUACAUGCUCGUACCGUAGCCGACACCGUCGCAAACAUGAUCACAGGCAUGAACGUGUCCCCAAAAGACGUCAAGCUAGUCCUAGUAAAAUGCCCACUACUCACCUCAACCAAAAUAGAAACCGCCCGUGCAGCUGGGCAGUCGACCAUCUGCACCGACACGUACGAAUCCAUGGCAAAGUCACGAUACGCGAGCGCUAUCGGCAUCGCCGUCGCCCUCGGCGAGAUAUCAACCAACGACAUCAGCGCAAAGCUGCAGACAGAGGACUCGUGGAGUGCGCUAGCGAGCUGCAGCAGUGGUGCAGAGCUGGAUGAUAACCACAUUUUCGUUCUGGCGAACGAUCCUAUUGCUGUGAAAGUGAAGCCAAGAUUGAAAGCCAUCUCGCGGCCGAUGAAGGACGCGAUUGACGCUGACGCCGCGCUUGAUCUGUUGGGCCAAGUGAAAGAGCAGGGAGGGAAGGUCGUGCAGAUAUUUGCAAAGGCUGAGGCUAAUCCAAAGGGGUUGAUCAGGGGCAGGAGGAUUACCAUGCUCACUGACAGUGACAUUCACAGCACGCGGCAUGCACGAGCCGCUGUGGGUGGACUGCUUUGUGGAUUGGCAGGGGACACACAGCUGUAUGUUUCGGGAGGUGCAGAGGGGCAGGGGCCGCCCGGCGGUGGAAGUCUGACGGUGGUGUAUAGCAUGCCGUGA